CCGAAACAGUCAUGUGUGAAUAGUGAAAUAAAACGUGGAUAUAUUUUUGCCAACAUGGAAAAUUGGAUCUGAAAUUACCUAAACCGAAAAUGAUAAAAUGAUAUCGAAAAAAUCGAUUUUCCUUCUUUUUCUGAGCUCUGUCCUUUUCACCCUGGUAUUCUUCGCUAUCUCCAUGAAAACCAUCGAAAACUCCGAUAUAGAAGAUGUCUAUCCCGCUAGAAUAGUUAUUGGUAAAGACGAGCUCUCAUGUCAUUAUAAACAAGGCAAAGAACAACUUAAAGAUAUUUCUGAUGUGGUGUUAAAUGAAAACAGAAGAAAAAUAUUCUUUUUGGAGACGUCCUGUAAGUCUUACAAUGCUAAGAGGAUUGUUAUUAGUACCAGACAGGCUUGUGCAGUGGAAAGUGCGGCUAGAAUGAAUCCAAAUAUGGAUGUCUAUGUGUUAUAUGCUUCGACAGGUGGAUUUAGGGAAGGAAAUGAAGAGUCAGACAGAUACCUGAAACUACUGAAAAGUUAUCCAAACUUGCACAUAUUGCAUUUUGACGUUCAGAGGUUUGUAAAAAACACACCAGUGGAAACUUUGUGGACUUCAGGCUUAAUGAACCAAUCCCAUUAUCCAAUGGUACAUACUAGUGACAUCUUAAGAUUGUUAGUCUUAUGGAGAUAUGGUGGAAUAUAUCUGGACCUUGAUGUUGUGGUGCUGAAAAGCCUAGAAACGUUUCCUGACAAUUUCGCUGGUGCCCAGUCCAUCGAUGUGCUGGCCAAUGGCGUAAUGGGCUUCAGUAAAGAAGGAAAGGGUCACGAAUACGUGGAAAAGUGUUUGGAAAAUGCCAUGGAAACAUUCAAUGGAAGCGACUGGGCGUACAAUGGACCACACUUGAUAACUAGAGUAUUCAAUAAGAUUUGUCCAUAUAAUUCAACGAAACUCCUAAUUCACAAAGGCCGCUGUGAAGAAUUCUACAUAUAUUCUCCUGAAAAAUUUUACCUGGUACCAUGGAAACAGUGGUACUGGUUUUUCGACAAAGAUCUGAACGAUUUGAUACAGAGAUUUGCCGAUAAAGAAAGCUAUUUGGUGCAUUUAUGGAACAAAUUGAGCUUUAACACGACAGUACCAAAAGAUGACACCGACGUGCCUUACUUGGAUCUUGCCAGGCAGUACUGUCCAGGAGUGGUGGAAGAAAUUGAUGAAUAUUUUUAAGAAAUAUACAGGAUCUUACAACAUUGCGUCGGACGUCUAUAGCCCCUAUAAUAAAGAACUUAGCAAUUUUGUAUUAUAAUUGCAGACCUGCGUAGUAAGAUGUAGGUGUAGGUAUAUCAGAAAAAUAUGUCCAAUUGUACAGGGUGUUCCUUAAUUGCAUAAUUAUAUAAAAGGAGGUGAUUCUUGGACCUAUUCUAAGAAAAAAACUUCACGAAUAAAUAUAUGCCCCAAACAUAUUAACUUUUUAGAUAUAGGGUGGUAAAAAUUUCUAUUUUUUUUUCAAAAUAUCUCUGAUGUUAUAUUUGAUACACGACUUCCAUGCAUCAAAAUACUUCUUUUGACAUACAGAAAAAAAAUUAUAUCUUAAUUUCCUUCCAGCCGAUGGAGAAAUGAUUUCCACACAACAGUCACCGCAUCAGAUUUUAAGCGAUUUGACCCUGAUAUAUAAAUAAAUAAAUAAAUAAAUGCCUUUAUUGUCGAAAAUUUUUUCAAUUUGUAGACAAAGGUAAACUAACAAACAAAGUAAAAAAAAA